AUGGAUUACUCGUCAUCCAUACAAGAUGCUGAAAACCCAGCCGGCGCUUCGCCCUGGGGCUCAUCACCAGUCCCCUCUCCCCAUCACUCAAAUACGACCUCUUCUUACCCAGUCCCCGGCGAGGGCCCUCCGUCUCCAACCCCGUACAGCACCCAAUCGAGCAGUGCAGGUUAUGCGCAAGAUGAUAUCAUGGGCGGAGGAAGUUACCACAAGCCAGAGGAUGUUGCUGCGACAGAUCCCUCAAUCCGAAGUGAUGGGCCCAGACCAGAUACCGCCGAAUAUAACCACGGCCAGCCUGGAGAGCAGCAGAGAUCCACAGGCACUUCGCAGCAGCACAAACAGGAGCCUCAAAGGUAUCACCAUGCUGGACGGCGUGCGCAGGAACCACAGGGGCAGGCACAAGCGCCGGCGCAGCAAUACAAAUUACAAGCUAAGAUAACUGGUCUCGAGCGGACUGGGAGAAAGGACCCAAUCUUGAGAUUUGAUGUCCACACCAAUCUACCAAAGUUUCGCACAACCCAAUUCCGCGAUGUCCGACGAACUCAUUCCGAAUUCAUAAAAUUGGCGGACCAUCUCAUAUCAUCAAACCCUGAAGCUAUUGUCCCAGCUGUGCCUCCCGCAUUAACUUCGGCUGGCGCUGGAACCGAAGAAGACGAAAUUCGAGUCAAGGCUUCGCUACAAAGAUGGCUCAAUUAUGUCUGUGGGAAUGAGGUCUUGAUGAAGGAUGAUGAGAUGGUUCUCUUCGUUGAAAGUGACUUUGGCUAUAGCCCGAUGCUCAAGAGAAAACAACCUGCCACUGGUGUUCGUAGAAGAGUCAUCAAGCAGUUUGCCCCUCCUCCAGAUGAUACCCCAGAACUGCAAAAUGCGCGGCCAGUAGUAAAGCUGUUCUAUCUUGGCACCAUGGAUGCUGGACACAAAGUCGAUAAGCUCGUCAAAGCUCGAAGAGGUCUUGGGCUUGCAGAGUCCGACUUCGGUGUCAAGAUUGGGGCUAUGAGUGUCCAGGAGCCACAUCAAGGCCUAGCCAAUGCUUAUCGCAAACUGGGGAAGACCAUACAAACCACUGGCGACUACCAUGCAGCUCAAGGCACUGCUGAAGCCACGACUAUUGGUGAUCCUCUCCAAUACCAUUCUUCUGAUUCCUUUAUCGUGAAGGAGACUCUUACAAACCGGCACAUCCUCUUGCGCGAGUUAAUACAAGCCCAGCAGUUGACACGCAGCAAGUUGAGCGCUGCGGACAGGCUGAGAGCAAGCGCAAAUGUUCGACGGGAAAAGGUUGAUGAAGCCAUAUCAGCUCUGGAUGAAGCUCGUAGUAAUGAACUUUAUCUUCUCGGUAAGACCCAGCGAGUGACAGCCAACCUCCUGCAGGAGCAAAGGCGAUGGUUCUCUCGUACUGCGUCAGAUUUGAGGCUCAGCAUCCGUGAAUAUGUGAUUCGCGAAAUCGAGGCAGAAAGGCGUACGCUGGCCACUCUGGAGAGCAUCAGACCCGAUAUCCGGGCAAUUGAUUCCUCCGGUGGUUUGAGUAGACUUGGCAGGGAGGGUCACCCUGCAGCGAGAAAAGCAAGUUUAGCAGCGUCUCAGGGGCCGAAGGGGGAUGCGUGGAGCGGUAUACCGAGACGCCCAGACGGACUGAGCAGAAGCAUCUCGGGUAGUCUGAUGUCUAACGUACCUGAAGAUGCAAACGGCGAAAUCGAGCGGGUUCCUGGUCGAGCUAGGGCCAUCAGCGGUGCCAGUAUAGGGGGUCUAUCGGGCGUCAAGGAAGACGACGACGAAGACAGAAUUGAUGCCAAAAACGCAGCCAGUCGAUUGGCCACCUCGACCUUUUGA